CUUGCUCAGAGACCCCCGAACCUCCCAAUCUCCGAGCUCUUCAAGUAGCGACAAAACAACUUCCCACCGCCAAACGAGAGUCUGAUAUUUCCUCUCCGGUUCCUCGCCAGCACUCUGUCCGUUCAAAUUGUCCUCAACCCCCUGAUCGCGCCGUGGGCGCCAGAUAACACGACAUCAUGGUUCACAAAAUCCUGUUCUGGGCCGGUUUCGGCAUCGCGACACGCUUCGUCCAACUGGGCAUCGAAAUGAGACCGUUCUUCCAGCGCGGCGCGUUAUGGGUGUACCCUCUGUUCGCCGGGAUCGGAGGCUCGUUCGGAUAUUGGAUGAAAGGCGUGGAGGACCGACAAGUAAAGAUGCUGCAGCAGCGGAAAGAGAUUAUAAUAGAGAAGCGGAGACGGAGAGCGGAAAGAGAAGCUGCCGAAGUAGGGACACCAUCAGAGACAGCUGGCGUGUUGGCGUCGACGAGUUAAAGAAACAUAAAAUGCGUGUGGGAAAGGGGUGAGAAAAGGGAGCGGACUUGCAGGUCACAGCAAGACAGAUAAGACUACUACCUGACUAUUGUACAAAGGCACGAACGACUGUACGAAAUGCAAAUGCUUCUGGCAUUUUGAACAACCCAAAAUUUGGCCGUGGAAGAUCAGAGUUGACAUCUAGGUUCAUGAUGG